UGGGGCCCGACGCCCUGCAGUUUGUCCUCCGUGAUGAUGAUGACGCGGAGGAAGAAGGAUCAAGGCGAGGGUCGGGUGGCCGGCGUCCCGGGGCCGCAGGGAAGGAAGGAGUCCGAGUCAACAACCGGUUCGAGCUGCCCUGACCUGUAUCUGCAGUUUCACGUGCGUAUGGAUUAUCUGAUCCUGGCUUCUCUCUGACCUCCUGUGUGGGCAUGCUGGGAUUACAGACACUAGCGCUACAGCAUCCAACUUUAUAUGGGUUCUGGGGAUCCAAACUCAGAUAAACAUUGAGGAUCUUGAGGAUGACCCCAUGGUCAACAGAGAGAGGUCUGACUGUGCCCUGCCAGACACUGUAGUAUCAAGGAAGAAUAAAGGAGGGGUUCAGUGUGGAAACUCGGAGACCAAGCAUGCUGCAGAUGUGACCAAGGCCAUGUCCCCAGAACAGCCUAAUGCAAGUGGAAAACUCCGAAAGAAGAAAAGGAAACAGAAAAGUAAGAAAAGUUGCACAGGAGAAUCCUCGGAAAAUGGACUGGAAGAUAUUGAUCGCAUCUUAGAGCGGAUUGAAGACAGCAGUGGGUUCAGCUGUCCAGGUCCACCUCCACCGAGCUGCAGGAAGCAUGUUCUCUAUGUGGAACACAGACACUUGAAUCCAGAUACAGAACUGAAAAGGUAUUUUGGUGCUCGGGCAGUCCUGGGAGAACAAAGGCCGCGACAGAGGCAGCGUGUAUAUCCCAAAUGUACAUGGCUGACGACCCCUAAGAGCACCUGGCCCCGAUACAGCAAACCUGGUUUGUCGAUGCGGCUGCUGGAAUCCAAAAAAGGCCUUUCCUUCUUUGCAUUUGAGCACAAUGAGGAAUACCAACAGGCACAGCACAAGUUCCUGGCGGCUGUGGAAUCCAUGGAGCCAAACAACAUUGUGGUUCUGCUCCAGACAAGCCCCUAUCACGUUGACUCACUUCUGCAGCUCAGUGAUGCCUGCCGCUUUCAGGAAGAUCAGGAGAUGGCCCGAGACCUCAUAGAGAGAGCACUGUACAGCAUGGAGUGUGCGUUCCACCCCUUGUUCAGUCUCACUAGUGGGACUUGCCGGCUGGAUUACCGCAGACCUGAGAACAGGAGCUUCUAUCUGGCCCUCUACAAGCAGAUGAGCUUCUUGGAGAAGCGAGGAUGCCCACGUACUGCACUGGAGCACUGCAAACUCAUCCUGAGCCUUGAGCCAGACGAGGACCCGCUGUGCAUGCUGCUGCUGAUUGACCACCUGGCCUUACGGGCCCGGAACUACGAGUACUUGAUCCGUCUUUUCCAAGAGUGGGAGGCUCAUCGGAACCUGUCCCAGCUCCCAAAUUUUGCCUUCUCAGUUCCAUUGGCAUAUUUCCUGUUGAGUCAGCAAACAGACCUCCCUGAGCAUGAGCUUGCCUCUGCCAGGGAACAGGCCUCCCUCCUGAUCCAGCAGGCGCUCACCAUGUUCCCUGGAGCUCUCAUGCCGCUGCUCGAGAGUUGCAGUGUGCGGCCUGAUGCCGCAGUGUCAAGCCACCGCUUCUUUGGGCCAGAUGCUGAGAUAAGCCAGCCCCCUGCCCUGAGCCAGCUGGUGAGCCUGUACCUCGGGAGGUCACACUUUCUCUGGAAAGAACCUGCCACAAUGAGCUGGCUGGAAGAAAAUGUCCGCAAGGUUCUACAGGCAGUAGAUGCUGGAGAUCCUGCUGUGGAGGCCUGUGAAAACAGGCGGAAGGUGCUCUACCAGCGCGCACCCAGAAACAUCCACCGCCACGUGAUCCUCUCCGAGAUCAAGGAGGCUAUUGCCGCCCUGCCUCCGGAUGUGACCACACAAUCUAUGAUGGGGUUUGACCCUCUGCCUCCCUUGGACACCAUCUACUCCUACGUCAGACCAGAGAGGCUAAGUCCAGUCAGCCAUGGAAACACAAUCGCCCUCUUCUUCCGGUCACUGUUGCCAAAUUACACCACAGAGGGGGAGAGGCUGGAGGAAGGACUAGCUGGAGGUCCGAACCACAACCAAGGCUUGAAUAGGCUGAUGUUGGCCGUGCGUGACAUGAUGGCCAACUUUCACUUCAACGACGUGGAGGUGCCACGGGAGGACAACCCUGAGGGUGAGGGGGACUGGGACUGAGCUAUCCAGAUGCUGCGCCCAGUGCUGUGCAAUUAUGUUCCUGAUCUCUGUUCUGGUCGGAAUUGACCAGUUUCCUAAAGUAGAAAUGCUGACUGUGUCAUCAA